CGCGGCGGCGGGUGGCGGGAGCGCAGGGGAGCGAGCCGACCGAUCUCAGCCCUCUCCGCGACCGCGCCACAGGAGCUCGAGCAACUCGGACGCGGGGACCCAGGCCGGCGCCCAAGAUGCCAGCGAUCGCGGUGCUCGCCGCGGCCGCCGCGGCGUGGUGCUUCCUCCAGGUCGAGAGCCGGCACCUGGACGCACUCGCUGGAGGCGCGGGCCCCAACAACGGCAAUUUCCUAGACAAUGACCAGUGGCUGAGCACCGUUUCCCAGUACGACCGGGACAAGUACUGGAACCGCUUUCGAGACGAUGAUUAUUUCAGGAACUGGAAUCCCAACAAGCCCUUUGACCAAGCCCUGGACCCAUCCAAAGACCCCUGCUUGAAGGUGAAGUGCAGCCCUCACAAAGUGUGCGUGACCCAGGACUACCAGACAGCCCUGUGCAUCAGCCGCAAGCACCUGCUCCCCAGGCAAAAGAAGGGGAACGUGGCCCACAAACACUGGGUUGGACCUUCGAAUUUGGUCAAGUGCAAGCCCUGCCCUGUGGCACCAUCAGCCAUGGUCUGCGGUUCCGACGGCCACACCUAUACAUCCAAGUGUAAGUUGGAGUUCCACGCCUGUUCUACUGGCAAAAGCCUCACCACCCUCUGUGAUGGGCCCUGUCCAUGCCUCCCAGAGCCGGAACCUCCAAAACACAAGGCAGAGAAGAAUGCCUGCACAGACAAGGAGUUGAGGAACCUCGCUUCCCGGCUGAAAGACUGGUUUGGAGCCCUUCAUGAGGACGCAAACAGGGUCAUCAAACCCACCAGCUCCGACACAGCUCAAGGCAGGUUUGACACCAGCAUCCUGCCCAUCUGCAAGGACUCCCUGGGCUGGAUGUUCAACAAGUUGGACAUGAACUAUGACCUCCUGCUUGACCACUCAGAGAUCAAUGCCAUCUACCUGGAUAAAUACGAGCCCUGUAUCAAGCCUCUCUUCAACUCUUGCGACUCCUUCAAGGAUGGCAAGCUCUCUAACAACGAGUGGUGCUAUUGCUUCCAGAAGCCUGGAGGUCUCCCUUGCCAGAAUGAAAUGAACAGGAUUCAGAAGCUCAGCAAGGGGAAAAGCCUGUUGGGAGCGUUCAUACCGCGGUGUAAUGAGGAGGGCUACUACAAAGCCACGCAGUGCCACGGUAGCACGGGGCAGUGCUGGUGUGUGGAUAAAUACGGGAACGAGCUAGCCGGCUCCAGGAAACAGGGAACUGUGAGCUGUGAAGAGGAGCAGGAAACCUCAGGGGAUUUCGGCAGCGGUGGCUCCGUGGUCCUGUUGGACGACCUAGAGGAUGAAAGGGAGCUGGGACCAAAGGACAAAUUGGGGAAGCUGAGGGUGCACACCCGGGCAGUGACGGAGGAUGAUGAGGACGAGGAUGAUGACAAAGAGGAUGAAGUCGGGUACAUAUGGUAGUCCCCAUGAGGAAGAGGACACGAGGUUUGCACAAAAUUGCAAGUCACUUCCUGUUCCUGCAUUUGUAUCUAAGACUCCACGGCACCAAGGUCUCUUCUCCAUUGUUGCUCUCUAUACCUAACCUAAGGUUUGGAAGACAACUCUUUGUUCCCAGAGCAUUCUGAUUUUGCAUACAGUUGUGUGGGAAGAAGAGUGUUAUGUUUUGUUUUGUUUUUUCUAUGGGAAUGGCUGGCUGCAUCAGAGCCCCCUUCCCUCCCCUGAGAUUUCUGCAAUGAGCAUGUGAUUUAUGUGGGAUUCUGACAGUGCAGGGAGCCCCCGCCCUCUAAACGUCCAUGGCCCUUUUUGAUCACCCACAAGGUGGUGAUUACAGCAUGGUUCCCAGCCUUACAGUGUCUAAGUGCUUUUCUUGUGUCCUGUAGAUGUUGUGGAAAACACACCACACUGUACCUUUCCCCCUGGCCCCACCACCCCUGGUGUUUAUUAUUGAAAAUUAGUUUUUCACGUCACUGUAUCUGGCUUCCUACAAACAACAGCCUUAAUUCAGUCAAGCACCCCUUUGGGGAAUUGAUUUUCUUUAUUUAAAAAAAUGGUGUCUGGAUGCUUCUCUCUGUACUUGCAUAAAUAUGUAUGUCUGUACAGAAGAGACUGUGCAUGUGCAUGCCUCACACGCACAGAGUACACACACCUCUCAGAAAAAGCAGGUACCUAUUAAAAAGUCAUUUGGAAAACAAUUACAAAUUUUUCAGCUUGUCCAGACCUGGCUCACAAUUUCUGGAGUAGGGAAUUUGUAUCGAAGUCCUUUCUUGCACUAACAGUUGGCACUUGUCGCCUGCAGGCUGAGGAGGUUUCUUCUCUAUGCAUCAGUAGAGUUACUGGAAGCCUCUUUGAUUUGGAUAAGCCUCUCUCUGCCUAAAUCGCUUUUCCCGCAGAAGCCAUGCGACUCCCAUGUGGGCAGCUUCACAAGCCAUCUCUUUCAUUUCAGCUCAAAGCCCCCUCGGACUGCAGCACUUCUGUCUGCCGCAGGUUCCCCCCUUCCCUACCUACUCAAGGGCUUUUUCUAAGGCAUGUAUGCACACCCCUGCUCUCUGAGAAGACAGUACCAUGGUGUUCCUUAGCAGAAGAAAAUUCAGGCUUCUAGACUCACUGUUUUGCUUUUGCUCCCUUUCUAUCCACACAUCAUGAGGACAGUAUAAAAGCUGUAUGGAUUUUAUAUCGUUCAUCGUUUGUAAAAAAUCCUAGAUGGAGACCUAGAAAGAACUUUCUAGUAGCACAUGGAAGCUGGGUUGGAUUUUUAGGAGCUAGUUCUGCCACCACCCCGUCACCCGAACAAGUGUCAAGAUACUGAUGAAAGCCCUUGACCAUUGUAUUUAUUGUCCCUAAGUCAAGUCAUUAUUAGAGUCUAUCUCCAAAUUUCGUAGCUUUUAGGAUGUCUCCCCUAUCAAGCUGGUCCAGAUACAAGUACCAAAGAGUAGUCCAGUGUACCAGCCCUUAAGCUCCUGCCCCACCUGGUUUCCACCUACCUGGAUGCCCUAAUCAGCCAGCCAGCAAGGCUCUCUGACCCACAUUUGUUUUUCGUCCCUUCCCUGUGAGCUCCACCCAGUCUAUAAGAAGAUCAGACAAACUCAGGCAAAAAAUAUAUUCAGCCAAACCAUGAUCACAGUGGCAGCUGACCACUCCCCCACCCUAAACUGACUAUUUGUUUGUAUUUUACCAGCCCACUUCAAAACUAGCAUUCUCCCUUGCAUUGGCCAGAUAAAGUGUCAUUAUCCCUACCUAGAGUUAGUGUCAGAUGGGAAAUGAACAUACUUGAUAUAGUGAACUCAUUUGGCCCGACAGACACAAGUACAACCAGGACCCUAGGUGUAAAGAGACCGUGGGCAAGCUCUGUAUUGGGAUCUCAAGUCCAUCAUCUCUGUUUCGAUAUUUAUUUUUUCUCACUUGAACAAAACUCUGAGAUCAUAAUUUAGAAAACAGGUGCUUAAUUGCAGCUAAAUGACAAUAGAGUGUAUAAAAGAAUCAAGACGUUAAAAAAAUCUCAGUUUAGACCAUCAAAGAAAACCAUUGUUACUAUCAUGCACAAGAGAACAAAUUAAAAUCGACAAAUUGAUUUCACUUAGAGAAACUUCUAGGAACAGAGUGAACCACUGAUUUUAAUUUGCCUAAUUAUCUUAUGACAAGUGUCAAAUUAAGAUGACACUUAAAGAUCCUCAGCAUUAACUUAAUGAUGGAGAAGAGGGCUCAGUAGUCAAUUCCCAGUAAGGUAAUGAGAUGCUCGUUUUCAGAGAGAUUCCAAGAUAUUUUAAUUCAUGAAAAUAUUAAAUAAAAAGCCAUCCCCAGACUGGAACCCAAAAUCAAUGGAGCAACGUUAAUGCCACUUUUCAUGCCUCAGUUUGGCGUGACAGCAGUAGAUUUCUUUAAGGGGCUUUAGUACUUUUCACAAGUAGUAAAGAGUAGAUUUUUUAGUUAUCUUCAGAAGUAGAAUUUUUGUUUUCCUCUUUUUUGGCAGGAGUCCUUCAGCUAGUGACUGAGUAUACAUAAAAAUCUUGAUUGAAAAAAAUAGUACUGUGAUGCACCAUCCCUUCUUUGAGACAGGCACUGAGUUGAAUCCUCACUACUCAGUUUGGGAAACUCCUUAGGUAAUUGUUUUAUUCUUG